CAAACCACUCCUUCGACCGUACAAUUCCUUGACCACCUGAUCUCACGCCUUGAUACCGCAAGCCAUGGCCACCUGUCCGGAGGCUAUCAACUACCAGCGGAACGCCGCCUUCCCUUCCCUGCUCUGAAUCCAUCCCAAAUCCCAGAAGUCAAGUCACUGAUGCUGACUCUCCACUGCAUCUUUCCCAAUGAACUCCUCCUUGCAUUGGAUAUCCUGGACCGAAACCUCGUGAAGCGUUUCGUGCGUGGUGACAACCCGCCGGGCCAUCCCGCCGACGCUCAUGUCACCACUCCCCCAACAACAGAAGAUGUCUUUCUGGUGCUUUCAGCCUCUACCAAUAGCGGCAUCACCACCCCGUCAGCACCCUCGAAGCCCAGACCUUCUGAACUAGACCAGAAAGGCUACGAAGUGCGCCUGCUUGCCUGGAACUGCACCUGUCCCACGUUCACGCUGGCCGGUUUCCGCAACCUCCUUGGCCCAGAAGUGGACGAGAACGAGGGUUCUUCUCUCUUACGCCCCGACUUGAACGAACCCCCCCGUAGACCAGUCGCCUUGCAGAGUCACUAUUCGUUUGGCGGAACCUUGACACGGGGAUUGACCAAGUCGUCGCCACCUGCCGUUUGUAAACACCUUCUUGCCUGUCUGCUGAAGGUGCGCUGCCCGGGCCUUUUUGGUCAUCGUGAGAACGAUGCUGUUUCCGUCAGCGCCGCGGAACUAGCGGGCUGGUGUGCUGGCUGGGGUGGAUGA